GUUGGAGAUGAAGCCAACAGCAGCAGGGUCAUCUACAAGUUUGACAAUCUAGCGGGACAAUCACUUGAGAGCAGUGUAAACAGAAAGGACUCAGAACACAUCCCUGUGGGGCGCCUGUGGCGUUAAACGUAAGGCUGAAGUUUAGAAAGGACAGAGUGACACCUGACACUGCAUCAAACUUCCUAUCAUUAUCUACACUUUUCCUUUAGUGCUAUGCACCAGAACCAGGCUUCAUCUGCAAUCUUAAUUUUUUUUUAAGACUCAACUAAAAGCUGGCGUGUUAGCUGCCCACUGGGAUUAAUGAUCUACUUAAUGAAAGAUUAAGGGAUACCUUCUGUCUGGUGGACGUGCCUCAGCUACACUUGGGGGGAAAAAAAGGGGAAUUUUUAAAAGGAAAGAGUCAGUAGUUUGUCUAAUGACUUCCUUAUCGGGCUUUAACAAUAAAACUGACAGUAGGGGAUUUUAGUCUUCCUCACUAAGCUUCACUCUCUGGCUGCGACGAGUGGAAAAUAUACAGAUUUCUUCAACCCGAAUGACAAGAGACUCCUUUUUCAAACAUUUGGUUGGUUGAGAAGAUAAUUGUGUCUCUUCCUUCCUUUACUGAGUUUUACUCCUUUGUCUAAAUCAUUGAUUUUGUUGCUUUUUACUGACAUGUUUUAAAGCUCAAUGCAAGUAUUUACCCUCACGGAGUAAGAACUGUGAUGAUAAACAGUCAUAGUGUGUUUAAAACACAUGGUUUUUUUUACAUUGCAGAACUAAAAAAGAAAGAAAAAGCACAUAAAGUGGAAACAUGCAAACAUAGUCAUUGGAAUAGCGACGCCUCUGCCUGUUUGUGUUUGGAUCAUCACAGAAAGUCUUGUUCACUGGGAGAUGGCAGAUUUCUUAUCGGUGACUCGCUGUCUGAGUCCGACAGCCACGCCCGUCCUCUCUGGAGGAAAUAUAAAUGCACCUGCAGAUCGUCUCCGUCACAGUCAGCACAUCUGGUCCUGUCGUCAUGGAGACCAAGCGUUAUCCCCUCAGUGUGUGUUUGGCUGGAGUGCUUCACAAGGGAACGAGUAAAAUGUACAUUACAUCUGUGCUGUGGUCAGACCAGACUGAGGUCGUGGUUUAUAGAAGUUUCUUGGAUUUCAAAAAUAUGCACAAGCUGUUGAAGAAAGUAUUUCCCUCUGCAAGUAAACUGAACAAAUCGGACAGAAUCCUCCCCAGAUUUAGAGGUAUCAAACUGAAGCAGAAGAAGGGAUCAAACAAAUAUCUGGUGCGCCUGACGUAUUUGCAGAAAUAUUGCAAUGAGCUCCUGAGCUGUGGUCCGCGGGUCUCUCAGUCUGCAGAACUUGUGCGGUUCUUCCAGGCCAAAGAGCUGGAGCUGCAGCCAGAGUUCACCAAGAACAGCAUCAUGAUCAUGCCCUCUGAUGACGAGAUCAGGAGCAAUGGAGGACACAUCACCAGCGGGAACGUGACCCAGCCUUUUAUCACAGAGACGUACAGAUGUGUAGCUCCGUACGAGACCAAAGACACCAAGAACAAACCUUUGAAGGUGGCCGCUGAUGAUAAGUUAGACGUGCUCAUCAAAGACAAAGGAGGGUGGUGGCUUGUAGAAACAGAAGACAAGCGGAUGGCCUGGUUCCCUGCUCCCUACUUGGAAAAGGUAGAGGAUGUUGAUGAAGACGAGAUGGAUGAGAUACCAAACAGAGGGGAGCUCUACAUAACUGUCAAGGGCUACAAGUCCACCAAGGUGGAUGAGGUAUCUGUGAACAUCGGAGCGGUGGUCGAGGUUCUGCAGAAGUCUGAGAACGGCUGGUGGCUCGUCAGAUACAACAGGAAAACUGGUUACAUCCCGACCAUGUACCUGAAGCCCUACAGGUACCCUCACAUCCGCAUGACCCCCCCGCAACAUAGUCCAAACAGCCCAACCUCCCUCCUCAUCCCAGCCUCCAACUUGACACAUAGUUGUUCCCAUGGUAACCUGCAGCGGCUUCCUCCUGUCUCGUCCUCCUCGUUCAGCUCAGACCAAUCAGACAGCGUCCGCAGGUCCCGGUCUCUGAACAGGUUGUCAGAUCAACCGGAUCCACAACCUGCACGGCGUCCCACCCCCACUGUAAUCCCCCCCAAACCCACCCCCGCUGUGCGAGUCCUUCCUCCCACCAUCACAGUGCAGGUGGACGAUGAAGGGGAGGAUCAGGGCAGCAGGAUGCAGACAGGAGGCUCCAACGGCAGCUUUGAAGAUGACAGCUUCAGUGAUGAUGAGUCUGGCUCUUUCUAUGGCAGCUCUUCCUCCUUCAACCUCAGCUACAGCUACAACGAUGAUCGGCUGAGACUCAGCCGCACGCCUCCCCCCACAGCUAACACCCUCCUCACCCCAACAGGCCCCUCAGAGGGGAAGCUGCUCCCCAGUGUGUCUGAACCCAACCUCUUCAAUAGGCCCACAUCACCUAAAGUCCCCCCAAGACCCAGAGCCCAGGAGAUCCUGACCCGCUGCACCACUCUCACACGCAAGAACUUAGCCAAAACCAGCUAGUCUCGCAGACCGACAGAGGUCACCAGUUGAUGAAACGAGUCACUUCCUUUUGUAGCACAGGAUCCUUUCUUGGAACAUUUAAAGUGUGAAACUUUGAUUUUAUCAUGUAAUUAGAAUAACUGGUGAAAAUGUCACAUCAGUGACGCUGCAUCAAGUGUUCUUGUGAGGAAAAUUGGUUCUUCUAAAGUCUAGAAUCCAAAAUCUGUACAUGUGAUGUUGUGCUGAGAACAAUUUAAAAAUAAACAUAGUUUGGGAACG